AUGGAGCUCGGAGGGGCGCUGACCAUCUUCCUGGGCCUCUGCCUCACGUACCUGGUCAUCCUCGCGGCGUGGAAGAGGACGCACCAGGAGGGGAAGCUGCCCCCCGGCCCGGCCCCCCUGCCCUUCAUUGGCAACCUGCUGCACGUGAGCACAAAGGAGACCUUCAAGUCCUUCCUGGCGCUAAGGGACAAAUACGGACCGGUGUUCACCGUGUACCUGGGGCCCCGGCGGGUGGUGGUGUUGUGCGGGCACGAGGCGGUGAAGGAAGCUCUGGUGGAUCAGGCCGACGACUUCAGUGGGAGGGGAGAGCUGGCCAGCAUCGACCGGAACUUCAACGGCUUCGGAGUAGCCUUAGCCAACGGGGACCGGUGGAGGCAGCUGCGUCGCUUUUCCCUCACCGUACUGAGGAAUUUCGGGAUGGGGAAACGGUCCAUUGAGGAGCGGAUCCAGGAAGAGGCCCAGUACUUGAUGGAGGAAUUCCGAAAAACCAAAGGUUUGCCCUUUGACCCCACCUUCUUCCUAAGCCGCACCGUCUCCAACGUCAUCAGCUCCGUCGUCUUCGGCAGCCGCUUCGACUACGAGGACAAGACUUUCCUCUCCCUCCUGCGCAUGAUCAACGAGUCCUUCAUCGAGAUGAGCAGCCCUUGGGCUCAGCUCUACGAUAUGUAUUCCGGCAUCAUGCAGUACUUGCCCGGGAGACACAACCGCAUCUACUAUCUCAUCGAGGACCUGAAAGACUUCAUUGCGGAGAAAGUCAAAACCAACCAAGCAACGCUCGAUCCUAACAACCCCCGGGACUUCAUAGAUUGCUUCCUCAUCCAGAUGGAGAAGGAAAAGGGAAACCCUUCCAGCGAAUUCAACUUGAAGAACCUGAUCCUCACCACCCUCAACUUAUUCUUCGCUGGGACAGAGACGGUCAGCUCCACCCUAAGAUAUGGAUUCCUUUUCCUGAUGAAGUACCCCGAAGUGGAAGAAAAGGCCCAGCAGGAACUCAUUAGCAUAAUAGGCCACGGCACUGAUGUCUUCCCCCUGUUAGGCUCCGUCUUACGGGACCCUAAAUAUUUCAGCCACCCUGAGAGAUUCUGCCCCGAACACUUCCUGGACGCUCAAGGCCGCUUUAAGAAGAAUGACGCUUUUGUGCCCUUCUCCUCAGGGAAGCGCAUCUGCCUGGGGGAAGCCAUGGCGCGCAUGGAGCUCUUCCUCUACUUCACCACCGUCCUGCAGAACUUCUCGCUGAAGCCCCUCGUGCCCCCGGAGGACAUUGACAUCAGCCCAAAAGUGAGCGGCUUCGGGAACAUCCCCCCCACGUACCAGCUGUGCCUGGUCCCUCGCUAA